AUGUAUCCCAUGUCGUAUGCCUACUUUGCACCUGAUGAACGUGAAAAUCCAUAUUGGAAUGCAUUCAGUCAAGCACCUGGUACGCAUCCACAAGCACAGGCGUUUGGCACGCCCAGCCAGGAGACCGCGCCCUUCGCCUUUGACGAGCCUCGUGGGGCUGUAUGGCCGCGUGCGUCGGGCCUCGACGCACCACCGCCUGCCGUCCCCCCCGCUACGUCGUGGUCGCCCCACACACAGAAAUGGCUCUACUUGGAUCCUAGCGGGAUGGUCCAGGGCCCUUUUGCCGCGACGGCCAUGCAGGCCUGGUACGAGCAGCAGUACUUGUACUCGGACCUGCUUCUUCGACCGGAAGAGGACCCUGAGUUUCGGCCUCUUCAUGUGCUCGUCCAAGAACUGGGCUACCCUGGGCAGCCGUUCCUCGUGCCCCCACCGAGACGGCAUGUCGCGCAGACACCGGGGCCGGCGCCUGGCGCCAUGCCAGGCGUGGCCUCGCAUAGGAGUUCCCCGCAUAUGCCUGCGCCGCACUCCCCUCGUGUGCCGGGGGCCGGCAUGAUGCCUAGCACCGCGACUGAGACCGCGCCGUCUUCGUCCUCUCCGACGACGGCGCCCCACGCCGCCGGGACGACACUCACGCCGUCGAACUUCUCAGCGGAUGACAUCGCUGCGGCUGUGCGUGUAAUGACGCAGCUGCAGUCGCUCAUGGCCUCAGGCGCAUCAGAGUCGCAAACGCUGUCCAUGAUGCAAAGCGUGAUGGCUUCGUCGCUGCCGCAUGCCAAUGCAGCUGCGCUGCAAGAUAUGUUGCAGGCCAUGCAAUCGCAAGCUGCGCAUGAUGCCGCGCAUGCCGUGCAAGUCCAGAAGGAUAUGGAUGAGCAGGCGCAGCAAGAACCUAUUACAGACACGCACGCUACGUCGCCUGAUACCCACGGCGAUACCCAGGUAACGGAGCAUGCGAGUGUCGUGCCGGCAACGUCGUCGACCGAGGCUGUCCCGCCGGCCGACGCCCAGGCUGAGCCUGCGGCCCCGCCAGCGGACGCGACACCGGCCGUGGACGAAGAGGUGAAGCCGACCAAGGCCCCUGCGCCCCCUGCUGACGUGGCGGCGGCCACGCCCGCCUCCGCCGACGAGGCGGCGGCCCCUGCGACGACCACUGAGCCUGCCGAGACAGUGGCAGCGCCCACGACGCCUGCCAAGACGCCUGCGGCGGCCAAGUCUGCGCCCUGGGCCUCGUCGGCCUCCAAGGCGUCCAAUGCGACGCCCAACAUGCGCGAGAUUCUCGAGGCGGAACAGCGUGAUCGCGCCGCGCAGGACGCGAAGGACCGCGCUGCGAACUCGGCCAUGCUGGCGCGUGCCAUGGCGCAGAUCCAAGUCUCGUCUGCUACGACGUCUUCGUCGCCUGCUGCGCCUACACGCUCGAUCACUGCCGCAUGGAAUGUGCCCAAGACCACGCCUGCCAAGUCGCUCUCGCAGAUCCAGCAGGAAGAAAGCGCACGCGCCGCGCACGAAAUAGCGGCACAGGCAUCCAAGCCCAGUGCCUACAGCAACUCGGUCCUUCGUUCUUCGACGCACACCGAGGCCCCGGCGCCCACGCCUUCGCAGGAUCACGGCUGGGUCAAGGUCGCGGCUGGCGGCAAGACGGUGCCGAGCUCGUCGUCGAAGGCCGCGGCGCCUACAAAGCCCACAGGUCUCCCGGCGAAGCCUGCAGGCCUGCCGAAGCCUGCGCCGCUGCCCAGCCGACCGCCCGCGCUCGCGACGCCGUCGGCUACGCCGUCCACCGCUGCGACUGCGAAAGUCGUGCCGACAGUGGACGAAGAUGGCUGGGUCACGAUGAAGCCAAAGCACCAAGUCCGCCGCGAUGCCCUCUCGCAAAUGAACGACGGGAUUCCUCGGCCUACCGGUACGGCGGCCGGCAUCCCUACAGCCACGCGCCGUGCUGCCACGACAGCUGGCGCGCCUUCGUCCACGCCGCAGCCGCCUUCCAGCGAGUUUUUGCAGUACUGCCGCGAUCAACUGCGUGGCCUGCGUGCGAAUGUGGACGACUUUGUGGAGAUGCUGUUGUCGUUCCCGCUGAACCCAUCGCCGGAUGUAGCUGAUAUCAUUGCGGAGGCCGUGUACGCGAACAGCAGUACUCUCGAUGGCCGUCGCUUUGCGGCCGACUUUAUCUCGCGUCGCAAGGCGGAUGCGUACCGUGCUGUGACUCUAUAG